AUGCUCGAGUGGUUAUUUGGCAAGUCAUUCCAUCCAGAAAAGGAUAUAGCAAGUGUAGAGGGUAAAGUCAUUCUAGUAACUGGUGGGAAUGCUGGUCUGGGAAAGGAGACAAUUUUGCAGCUAGCAAAGCAUCAUCCGAAGGAAAUUUUUCUCGCCGCGAGAACGCAAGAGAAAGCUGAAGAUGCCAUCCAAGAAAUCAAGGAAGCUGUGCCAGAUAGCAACAUCUCGUACAUUAAACUGGACCUCACCUCAUUUGCGUCUAUAGAAGAGGCAGCAGAGGAGUUCAAGCGCCGUUCUGAGCGACUCGACAUUUUGAUCAACAAUGCUGGCAUCAUGGCAGUACCGUACUCCAAGACCAAGGAGAAUUACGAGAUACAAUUCGGCACGAAUCAUAUGGGCCACGCGCUACUGACCAAACUGCUACUCCCGUCACUACUUUCAACGGCUGACAAGCCAGAAUCUGAUGUUCGCGUGAUCAACCUCACUUCUGAGGCCCACUCUUUUGCACCCGGCAUCAUCUACGAUCAAAACCACCUGGAGUCGUAUCACACAUUCCGUCGCUAUGGUCAAUCCAAGCUGGCGAACAUCCUCCACGCUCGCGAGUUACAAACGAGAUACCCAUCUAUCACGGCAACGGCUGUUCAUCCAGGCAUGAUAUUGACAGAUCUGUACACCCCACAGAUACAAAGCAACGUUUUCGCCAGAUCCGGUUUGCUGCACGCCAGUCUGUUCUUCAAUGACGUGGCAAACGGCGCAAAGAAUCAGCUUUGGGCUGCUACUGGCCCGAAAAAGGACGUUCGGCAGUCGUACUAUUGGAAACCGGUGGGAAUUGCUUCGAGGGGAAGUAUCUCCUAUGCAGAAAACGCAGACCUUGCGCGACAGUUUUGGGAUUGGACAGAGGAGCAAUUCAAGAAGCACAAGUAG